GUGAACAUUUGGUUGUGAUUAUUGAAAAAGAAAGUUGGAUUGAAAAUCAAAAGUAUUAGUUAUUUUUUGGGUUUAUGGAAUUAUUGCCUGUUUUGCACAAGCAGUACAUCAUCAUCCAUAAUCAUGAUGAAAUUUAAAUCACUUUUCCGAAGAGGACAACAAAAUCAUUCCUCUCAUCAGAAACAUAGACAAAGACCAAUCCAACAGCAGCAACAACAUCAGUCACAGCAGCAGCAACAUCAAUCACAGCAACAACAACCACAACAGCAUCAACACCACCACCAACAGCAGCAGCAAUCUCAUUUACAGCAAAAUCAACAUACAAAUCAACAACAACAUCCACAACAGCAAGCGCAACAACAAACCCAUCAUCAGUAUCCAUUACAUCAGCAUCAACAAGUUGCUUCUGUUCAAAGUCAAGGAUCUCACCAGCCUCCUGUAUCUGAAAUGAAACCUAGACGAUCAAAUAAUGAUUGGCUAUCCUCUUCAUCCAGUUCUUUAACUUAUCGUGAUAGUAGAAGCUUAGGACCUCAAUCUUACAUGACAAAUUCUAAGCAUCAAGGAAAUAAUCAAAUUGCAAACUCAUCUGCAGGUACCCCUGCAACUUCAACGUCAAAGCUUUCAACUGGUUCAAGAAUUUCAACUUCACCUGCAGAUUUAAUUCAUCGUCUGCAAGAGUUAGAGCAAGAAAAUGAGAUGUUGAGAAUUGAGCGAAGCAGAAUUGAAAAUAGUUAUAGAGAAAGCAGACGCUUUGAGGAGCAAUAUAAUGAGCUUACUACCCUUAAGGAGCAGCAUUCAUUAGAACUGGAGCGUCUUGCCAAAGAAAAUGAAGCCUUACGAAGUAGACUCCGUGAUGUUGUACACUCUCCCUUGUCAGAUUCAGAAAAACAGCAGCUUUUAGAUGCAUCACGAUUGCACAAUUCAGCACCAGCUUCCAUUGCUGUAAUGCAAGAGGACAGUUGUGUUGGCAUUAAUAACAUGAGCCAUGAAAAUGCCAGAAGUACCACACCGGAGUGGGAUAAGCGAUCAACCAGUUCUGAAGUAUCUGUAGCUUGUUUACAGGACAGAAUACUACAAAUGGAAGAAACUCAUUAUUCCACGAAUGAAGAACUACAAGCGACAAUUCAAGAACUAAGUGAUUUACAGGCUCAAUUAAAUGAACUUCAAGCAGACAAUUAUAGGCUGUCAGAAGAGAAAGGUGUUCUGUUGGAAUCACUUUGUAGACAAACAGAGAAAUUGGAAGAUUCAAGAUCAAAAGUUUAUACUUUAGAAGGAUUACUGUUGAGAGAUGAACCAUCUCAAGAUACUGUAAAGGGUUACAACACAGAGAGAGAACAAAAACUUGUAGACUUAUUAAAGAGUGCUCAAGAAGAACGUGAGAGCCUUAUGUGUAAACAAGAAGAGCUUACUGCGGAAUUGAAAGCUCUUCACAGCACAUCUGAAGCUAGUAAUAAUGAAGUAGAAAGAUUGUCAAAACGUGUACACUUGCUUGAAACAUCUAUUGAUGCUUCAAAUGUUGAAAGAAAGCUUUUAGAUCUUGAAUUAGCUGAAUCCAAGCAAGAAUCAGCUAAUCGUAAUAUUGAAAUCAACAGACUGGCCACUUUACUAGAAAAUGCAAGAGCUAAAAUUGCAGAAUUCGAGCAAAAACGUCAGUUAGAAAAUCGUAGUGAGGCAGAUGAAAUGUUAGAUGCAGCUCGAAGAGAAAAAGAUACUCUAGAAACUAGAGCAGCAGUAUUGCAAGAACAAUUAGAGAAGUCUCAUUGUGAUCAUGAUCGCAUGAGAGAACAAUAUUCACAAUUGCAAGAUGAAUUUAAGGUUUGUGAAUCUUGUAAUUUGAAAAAUGUAGGUGUUGCUCGCUUCAAUGCAAAGAGUGCCAUUGAAGACCUAGAAUUUCGAAUCAAAAAAAUGAAAGACGAACGCAUGACAGUGAAUGCAGAACUCCAAUUGGUUCGUGACUCUCUCUCUGAGCUUCAAUCGCAAUGUCAACGACAUUUGGAGGACAAACGUGAAAUGAAAACAGUAUUAAGUGAACUUCAACGACGAGAGCGCGAAAAUUUGAGUCGGCUGGCUGAAUUAGAACGAGUUUUAGCAGAGGAGCGAAAAAACAGACGAGAAGAAACGACUGAAUGGCAACAAUUUCAAACUGAUCUUCUCAUGACUGUGAGAGUUGCAAACGAUUUUAAAACAGAAGCACAGAGUGAAUUGGAACGAGUGGUCAUGGAAAAUCAAGCUUUAAGAGAAAAACUUAGAGUUCUUGAAACACAGCUGGAUAAGCUUAAUAACACGAAAAGGGACGACCAAAUUCAAGGAAACGCUAUGUUGAAACGCGGGCGUACAAUAAUUAAAAAACCAUUCGAUUUGAAAAAACAAUCAGUUAAAAGUGAACAAAGUAAAAAUAAUUCAAAGACUUCAAAAACAAAAGACACUUCAAAACAUCACAGUUUAGCAAAAAAGGAAAACAGCAUUUGGUUUGACUCGGAUAAACCUCCAAUGUCUAGUUUGAAUAUUGUCAAAGAUUCAACUGAAGUGCUUACCUUUGAUAAUUCAAAUGAAAUUUCUGAUUCUUCAAAUUGUAACAAAACAUUUGAUAUAGAAUCUGAUCUUAGUCCUACACCAAAGAUUAUUGAUUCAAUUCCUAAAAUUCACUGCAGCUCAAUUCAAAAUAAACCCAACUUGUCAUGUGUACAAUUGCGUGAAUCCAGUGAAACUUUAAAUAACUUAAAAGUGCAAUUACCCAAAGACAUCACUAUACCAAAGAGCAUCGAAUCCCCCCCAAAAUUGAUCAAUGGGCUAAGUAGUUAUUUGAAUGAAACAGUGAAUGAAAAUGUUAAGUUAGAUAUUGAUAAAGAAAUUCAUAAAAAUAAUAAAGAUCGUAACGAAUCUGAUACUAAAAACGAUGUCACCCAAAUCAAUUUAUUGGAGAAAACUUCAAUUAAUAAAAAUGUUAACGAAAGUGUACAUAGCAUGAAUGUUUCGAAUGGCCGACUUUUUGUGCCAAACAAUUGUGUUUAUUCAAAUUAUGUAAAUUCAAUGGAUAAUCGGAUCAUCGAAACGGAUGUUCAGACACCUGAAGCAUUAACAGAAAACUCGGAGGAGACCAAAAAUUUACUUAAUACGACCGAACCCGAGGAAAAAAUAUUGGAUUACGAUACAUCAUCGAGCUAUAAAACCAAUCUAAACUCGAAUUUUAGUAAAAGUUUGGAACAGCUAUCGGAACGACAAAUAUUUAAUGAAAAUCUGCACUCAGAUGAUAAUUCAUUUGAUUGUGUUGAUUUCAACGACAUAAGCCUUCGAAGAAAGGAUCUACAUGAAAGAAGUAAUUUAACCGAUGAUUCUUUGGCAAAUAUUUCUGAAAAAACUUCGAGGGAAGCCAAAUCAGAGAUACUUUUGAAAAAUAAAAUUUCAGACAUAAAAAGACCCCUAACAGAAGAUUUACAAGUUUCAAGAUCAAACUUCUUGAGAAAUUCAAUGCAUGAAUCGCAACCCACAAAUUUUGCAUUUAAAAGGGAUUUGUUCCUACGCAAUUCUUUGGAGCUCGUGCCAGGCUCAGGCAGUACCAGUCGUUUUCCACCUGGACCAAAGCUGGUGUCCAUGCUGCGUCAGAAAUUUGAAGAUCUUCCUACCCUAAGGCUCAAAGACGAGAAUAGCAGCAUUAAUUCUAGUCGCAGUCCGUCGGUAGCGCGUCGUCGAUAUGCUGGAAAUUUUGAGGAUGUCUUCAAGCUGGCUAAGCCUGUACCGCUGCCACGAAGAUUGCUCGGCAAUCCUCAAAAAAAUAAUACACAGACUACGAAAAUUAUUACAACACCAACGGAGACACAACAAUCAGUUAUUACGAGUGUUCAGAACGAAAUGGCAGCACGACGGAAAGCGAAUAUCAGUCGUCAGGACUCGAGAUUGUCAGUAAAAUGCCUCAUUGAAAGUAUAGAAAAUGCGACAAAACAGGCCAAAGCGGGACCAGGAAGUCGUAGCAGCUCAACAUCAUCUCUAAAUUCUAUUGGCACCAAUGACGUUACAUCUAUUAAAACUCCGCUCAGGGAUCAACAAAUAAAUAAUCUUAUUUGUACCAGCAACACAUCUAAUAAUAAUAAUAAAUCUCAAAUUAACAACGCAAAGAAAUCAUUGCUAGAAUCUAAAUCAGCAGUAUCUAGCGUAUUUAACUCAGGUCAAAUAUUGGAAACAUCCUCACUUAAUUCUAAAACCAUUGAUUUUGUACGAAGAAACAGCGCCUCUGACAUAUCUGAUCGUAAAGAUCCUCUUUGCGGACUUGUAAAAAACGGUGGUUCCCGGCGAAACGCUUUGUUGAAGUGGUGUCAAAAUAAAACUGUUGGCUAUCGAAAUAUAGAUAUAACUAAUUUCAGUAGCUCUUGGAAUGAUGGACUAGCUUUGUGUGCUAUCAUGCAUACUUAUUUACCAGAUAAGGUACCCUACGACUCCUUAACACCUGCGGACAAGAGGCGAAACUUUAUGCUAGCUUUUUCUGCAGCUGAGAGCGUUGGUAUACCUACAACUCUUAACAUAAGCGACAUGUGCCAGCUCGAACGGCCAGAUUGGCAACAAGUAAUGACUUACGUUACAAGUAUCUACAAGCACUUCGAGACCUGAUUUUAUUCAAAAUAUUCGUUGUUACUAAUAAUGGACUUGAAUCGAGAAGAGUUCUUCAGCAAAAGAAUUAGUCUCUCUGUCAUCCUAACUUUGUUUCGACGCAUAAAAAUGGCAACGAGGUGAAACAACCGUCAUCUAGUCAAUCAAACACACUCUCACAAUAACUAUUAGAAGUUGAAGUUCAAUUUAACUUUUAAUAUAAAGAUUUUUCACAGCUUCGUGAAAAAUCCAAUAAAAGUUGAGAAUAUAUAGCGCGAAGUAGAUGAUCAUUUAAAUAUAGACACACGAGGCUUGUGCAAUGCACGAAAAAUAUCAUUUGUAAAGCCUUUUAUUUUCAUAAACUUUUCCAUUAGCUUGAAUGUUUCUCCGAUAUUGUGUUUAAACAAAGAUUAAAAUGUGAAAAUGUAAAGACGGGGCGACGUCUGAUUCCUUCUGUUGACAUUAUGAGACUGAAAAAAAUUUAAUACAGUAUAUGUUUUUAUAAAUGUGUUUAAGUGUUGUGAAAAUAAUAUGGUGAAAGUAAUUAAAGUUGCGUGACCGUUCAUAAUAUAAUAAUACGUAAGAAAGAUUGAAUAUACUUUACGAGUCAUCGUACAGAUAUAUAAUUGUGCGACACAUAAUUGAAGUAAGAAUAUGAUUUAAUGGAGUGUGUUGUAUGUUAGUAUAAAAUAUAAGUAUUUUUUUACGUGUACUAUUGUGUAUUUAUUGAUAUAAUAUAAUUAAUUUUUGUGUAAGUGUUUUUUCCAUGCUGUAUUUAUAUGCGCUAUAAUUCUAUACCUUACAAAGAAUUACUAUUUUUGUGUAAAAUGAGUGGAUGUUUGUAUCCACUGCAUGGAAAUGCUAAAAAUCCUAAUUUGAAAUAUCUAUUGCAUAAAAUAUCCUACAUUGGAAUUUAAAGAUUUUUUAAGCUUAGUCCUCUGUGAUAUAGCAAAGAUAAUCCAAGGAGCAGACGCACUCAUGUAUCAGAUUAAGCAAUUCAUAUAGUUAUCUGUGUUUAAAACUUUUUUUGGUAGCUGCUUCGCCCUGGUGGCGUGAUAAAUACGCGUGGUAAAAUUUUAACGCUUCUUAAACUCAUUAUUAUUUCUGUUAUGAAAUAAUUUUGCAACCGAGUAUCAAAAAAAAAAAAAACAUCGUGCUUAAUGUAGAGAUUUUUAGAUGAAUAUUUUUCUUUGUACAGAGAACUAAGUACUGCUUUAAUGUAACAAAAGCUAAAUAAGAAAAAAUGAGAUGUUUAUAUCUUUUAAUAAACGAAGUCGAUCAAUGAAAAUUAUUUAUUUGUACAAUCUUUAAGUUAGUAAAAUCAUUUUUCGUUCAAAGUA